UGCUUGCCUUGAAACAGUUACAUAAAGAGAAUUGGGAAUGUUGGUGGAGAGAGAGUGGAAGUGUGCUUUAUACGAGUGAUUAUUUAUGACUGUUGUUGCUUUUCUUUACCGUUAGAGCUCAAUUUUCCUGGUUGUUUUUGUGUGUUUCUAGACGGUCUGAGAUCGGGGGUUGAGCUUUUGACGAUGAAGUUUCACUACAAGAGUUCUUAUGGUUAUCAGACUCGAAGAGGAGGAGCUCUUGCGGUGCUUUUGGUGCUUCUUUUUCCAGUUUUAUUGCCUAGCUUGUUUAGUCCAUUAAGCCAUGCUUCCCCUUCUAUGUUCUCGGAAUGGAAUGCUCCAAAACCUAGGCACCUACCUCUACUUAAGAGUGCUCUGCAGCUGCAAAAAGAUUCAAAUGCUCUAAAGCCCAGGCACUUACCUUUGUUCAAAAGUGCUUUGCAGCGUGAAUAUGCAACUGGAAAGCAAUCUGAUCUCUGGGUUCCUUUGGCCGAUCAAAGAUGGAGACCAUGUGUUGAAUCUGCAAAAGCCCAUUCAUUACCUCAGAAAUCUCAGGGAUACAUUCAAGUAUUUCUUGAUGGAGGGUUAAACCAGCAGAGAAUGGGGAUAUGUGAUGCAGUUGCUGUUGCUAAAAUACUGAAUGCAACGCUUGUAAUCCCACAUCUUGAAGUAAAUCCCGUUUGGCAGGACUCAAGCUCCUUUAUGGAUAUAUUUGAUGUGGACCAUUUUAUUAAUGUAUUAAAAGAUGAUAUUUCUAUUGUAAAAGAGCUUCCUGAUGAAUACUUUUGGAGCACAAGAGAGUAUUAUGCCUCAGCAAUUCGAGCUACCAGAAUCAAGACAGCUCCUGUUCAUGCUUCGGCUAACUGGUAUCUAGAGAAUGUCUUGCCUGUACUACAGAGUUAUGGGAUUGCUGCAAUUUCUCCAUUCUCUCACCGUUUAACUUUUGACAACUUGCCAAUG